AGUGGGGACUCCCUGUCGGCCGCCAUGGUCGCCCUCUCCCUCAAGAUCAGCAUUGGCAAUGUGGUCAAGACGAUGCAGUUCGAGCCCUCCACCAUGGUGUACGACGCCUGCCGCAUCAUCCGGGAGCGGGUGCCCGAGGCGCAGAUGGGGCAGCCCAAUGACUUCGGCCUGUUUCUGUCUGACGAGGACCCGAAGAAAGGGAUCUGGCUGGAAGCUGGGAAGGCUUUGGACUACUACAUGCUCCGCAAUGGGGACACCAUGGAGUACAAGAAGAAGCAGCGGCCCCUGAAGGUCCGCAUGUUGGAUGGGACCGUCAAGACUGUCAUGGUGGAUGAUUCCAAGACUGUUACAGACAUCCUCAUGACCAUUUGUGCCAGGAUUGGUAUCACUAACUAUGACGAGUACUCUCUCGUGAGGGAGAUCAUGGAGGAGAAGAAGGAGGAGCAGACCGGCACCCUCAAGAAAGACAAGACCCUCCUGAGGGACGAGAAGAAGAUGGAGAAGCUCAAGCAGAAGCUGCACACGGAUGACGAGUUGAACUGGCUGGAUCACGGGCGCACUCUGCGCGAGCAAGGCAUUGAGGACAGUGAGACCCUGCUCCUCCGGCGGAAGUUCUUCUACUCAGACCAGAAUGUGGAUUCCCGUGACCCGGUGCAGCUCAACCUUCUCUACGUGCAGGCCCGAGACGACAUCCUGAACGGCUCUCACCCCGUCUCCUUCGACAAGGCCUGCGAGUUUGCGGGGUACCAGUGUCAGAUCCAGUUCGGUCCUCAUAACGAGCAGAAGCACAAGCCAGGAUUCCUGGAUCUGAAGGAUUUUCUGCCCAAGGAGUAUAUCAAACAGAAGGGGGAGCGCAAGAUUUUCAUGGCCCACAAGAACUGCGGCAACAUGAGUGAGAUUGAGGCAAAGGUCCGCUACGUGAAGCUCGCCCGCUCCCUCAAGACCUACGGCGUCUCCUUUUUCUUGGUCAAGGAGAAGAUGAAGGGGAAGAACAAGCUGGUCCCCCGCCUGCUGGGCAUCACCAAGGAGUGCGUCAUGCGUGUGGACGAGAAGACCAAGGAGGUCAUCCAGGAGUGGAACCUCACCAACAUCAAGCGCUGGGCUGCCUCCCCCAAAAGCUUCACUCUGGACUUUGGCGACUACCAGGACGGCUACUACUCCGUGCAGACGACGGAAGGGGAGCAGAUAGCCCAGCUCAUUGCCGGCUACAUCGACAUCAUCCUGAAGAAGAAAAAGAGCAAGGACCACUUUGGGCUGGAGGGAGAUGAGGAAUCCACCAUGCUCGAGGACUCUGUCUCUCCCAAAAAGUCCACGGUGCUGCAGCAGCAGUUCAACCAGGUGAACAAGGUGGAGCACGGCUCAGUGGCCCUUCCGGCCAUCAUACGUCCGGGUGCGGGAGGGCCGGAGAACUUCCAGAUGGGCACCAUGCCCCAGGCCCAGCAGCAGGUGACCAGUGGCCAGAUGCACCGCGGGCACAUGCCCCCUCUGGUAAGGGAUCUGCGCUUCCACCGGGGCGGGGCUGUCGUCUUCCUCCUUCCCUCCCUCCCUCCCUCCCUCCCCCCCCUGUUUCAGGCCUCCAAAGCCUGGCGCAAGAACAAGAUGGAUGAAUCCAAGCACGAGAUCCACUCCCAGGUGGACGCCAUCACUGCCGGCACCGCCUCCGUGGUGAACCUGACGGCGGGUGACCCUGCCGAGACAGACUACACCGCGGUGGGCUGCGCCGUCACCACCAUCUCCUCCAACCUGACAGAGAUGUCCAAAGGGGUCAAACUGCUGGCGGCGCUCAUGGAGGACGAGGGGGGCAACGGGCGGCAGCUCCUGCAGGCGGCGAAGAACCUGGCUGGAGCCGUCUCUGAGCUGCUGAAGACCGCACAGCCGGCCAGCGCCGAGCCACGGCAGAACCUCCUGCAAGCGGCAGGCACGGUGGGGCAGACGAGCGGAGAGUUGCUGCAGCAGAUUGGGGAGAGCGAUGCGGACCCCCAUUUCCAGGACAUGCUGAUGCAGCUGGCCAAGGCCGUGGCCAGCGCUGCCGCAGCUUUGGUCUUGAAGGCCAAGAGCGUGGCUCAAAGGACGGAGGACUCAGCGCUGCAGACCCAGGUGAUCGCCGCAGCCACGCAGUGCGCACUGUCCACCUCCCAGCUCGUGGCUUGCACCAAGGUGGUGGCUCCCACGAUCAGCUCGCCCGUGUGCCAGGAGCAGCUCAUUGAGGCCGGGAAGCUGGUGGCCAAGUCUGUGGAGAGCUGCGUGGAUGCCUCUCAGGCUGCCACGGAUGACCAGCAACUGCUGAAGCAAGUGGGGGUGGCGGCCACAGCCGUGACACAGGCCCUCAACGACCUCCUGGAACACAUCAAGCAGCAUGCCACGGGCGGGCAGCCGAUCGGGCGCUAUGACCAGGCCACGGACACCAUCCUCAACGUCACGGAGAAUAUCUUCAGCUCCAUGGGGGACGCAGGGGAGAUGGUGCGUCAGGCACGCAUUCUGGCCCAGGCCACCUCUGACCUGGUGAAUGCCAUCAAGGCCGAUGCGGAGGGGGAAACAGACCUCGAGAACUCGCGGAAGCUGCUGAGUGCCGCUAAGAUUCUGGCGGACGCCACGGCCAAGAUGGUGGAGGCAGCCAAGCAUGCAGCGAAGCAAGCAGCCGCUGCGGCCACCCAGACCAUUGCGGCUGCGCAGCACGCGGCGACGGCCAACAAGAACCCUUCUGCUCAGCAGCAGCUGGUGCAGAGCUGCAAGGGGGUGGCCGACCAGAUCCCGAUGCUGGUGCAGGGUGUGCGCGGCAGCCAGGCCCAGCCCGACAGCCCCAGCGCCCAGCUGUCGCUCAUCGCUGCCAGCCAGAACUUCUUGCAGCCCGGCGGGAAGAUGGUUGCUGCGGCCAAGGCCACCGUGCCCACCAUCUCGGACCAGGCGUCCGCCAUGCAGCUUAGCCAGUGCGCCAAGAACCUGGCAGCAGCUCUGGCAGAGCUCCGCACCGCAGCGCAGAAGGCCCAGGAGGCCUGCGGACCCCUGGAGAUCGAUUCCGCCCUCAGCCUGGUGCAGAGCCUGGAGCAAGACCUGCAGGAGGCCAAGGCCGCUGCGCAGGAGGGCAAGCUGAAGCCGCUGCCGGGAGAGACGAUGGAGAAGAGCGCCCAGGACCUGGGGAACAGCACCAAGGCCGUGAGCUCCGCCAUUGCCCAGCUGUUGGGAGAGGUUGCCCAGGGCAACGAGAACUACACAGGGCUCGCAGCCCGAGAUGUGGCGCAUGCGCUCCGCUCCCUGAGCCAGGCGGCACGGGGAGUUGCGGCCAACACCGAGGAUCCUUCGGCGCAGGCGGCCAUGCUGGAGUGUGCCGGGGACGUGAUGGACAAGGCCGGCAACCUCAUUGAGGAGGCCCGCAAGGCGGUGGCGAAGCCGGGGGACCCCGAGAGCCAGCAGCGCUUGGCGCAGGUGAGCCCCCUUCCACCCAUCCCUGCCGCGACCCUCGCCCUUGGACAGAGUGGGGGGCAGGGGCUGGCACCAGCCCUCCGCACCGUCGGGGAGGCCAGCAAGAAGCUCCUGGCUGACUCAUUCCCACCCAGCGGCAAGAACUUCCAGGAAGCGCAGACCCAUCUGAACCGGGCGGCAGCUGGCCUGAACCAGUCGGCCAAUGAGCUGGUGCAGGCGUCGCGUGGGACCCCCCAGGACCUGGCCAAGGCCUCUGGCAAGUUUGGCCAAGACUUCAACGAGUUCCUGCAGGCUGGGGUGGAGAUGGCCGGGCAGUCCCCGUCCAAGGAGGCCCAGGCCCAGGUGGUGUCCAACCUGAGGAGCAUCUCCAUGUCGUCCAGCAAGCUGUUGCUGGCGGCCAAAGCCCUUUCUGCGGAUCCUGCCGCCCCCACCCUCAAGAACCAGCUGGCCGCUGCUGCACGGGCGGUGACGGACAGCAUCAACCAGCUGAUCACCAUGUGUACCCAGCAAGCCCCGGGCCAGAAGGAGUGUGCCAAUGCCCUGCGGGAGCUGGAGACGGUGCGAGAGCUCCUGGAGAACCCCACCCAGGCCGUCAACGACAUGUCCUACUUCAACUGCCUGGACAGCGUCAUGGAGAACUCCAAGGUCCUGGGCGAGGCGAUGGCUGGCAUUUCCCAGAAUGCCAAGAACAGCAAGUUGCCUGAGUUUGGUGACUCGAUCAGCACCGCCUCCAAGGCCCUCUGCGGCUUCACUGAAGCGGCUGCCCAGGCAGCCUACCUGGUUGGCGUCUCUGAUCCCAACAGCCAGGCCGGCCAGCAAGGCCUGGUGGACCCCACCCAGUUUGCGAGAGCCAACCAAGCCAUCCAGAUGGCCUGCCAGAACCUCAUCGACCCGGCCUGCACGCAGUCACAGGUCCUCUCGGCAGCCACCAUUGUGGCCAAACACACGUCUGCCCUCUGCAACACCUGCCGCCUGGCCUCCUCCCACACGGCCAACCCCGUGGCCAAGCGCCAGUUUGUCCAGUCGGCCAAGGAGGUGGCCAACAGCACCGCCAACCUGGUCAAGACCAUCAAGGCUCUGGACGGGGCAUUCACUCCCGAGAACCGAGAACGCUGCCGGGAAGCCACAACUCCCCUCAUUGAGGCUGUGGACAAUCUGACCGCCUUUGCCUCCAACCCCGAGUUUGCCACGGUCCCUGCCCAGAUCAGCCCGGAGGGGCGCAGAGCCAUGGAGCCCAUCAUCGCCGCCGCCAAGACCAUGCUGGAGAGCUCAGCCGGCCUCAUCCAGACUGCUCGCUCGCUGGCUGUCAACCCUAAGGACCCCCCCAAGUGGUCAGUGCUGGCGGGGCACUCGCGGACGGUCUCCGACUCCAUUAAGAAGCUGAUCACCAACAUAAGGGACAAGGCGCCCGGGCAGCGGGAAUGCGACGAGGCUAUUGAGGUGCUGGCCAAGUGCAUCCGGGACGUGGACCAGGCCUCCCUGGCAGCCAUCAGCCAGCAGCUGGCCCCCCGCGAGGGCAUCUCCCAGGAGGCCUUGCACGACCAGAUGCUGAUGGCUGUGCAGGAGAUCAGCAACCUCAUUGAGCCAGUGGCCAACGCUGCGCGAGCUGAGGCCUCCCAGCUGGGGCACAAGGCAACAAGAUGAGCGCCAGCCGCCCGGCCCUUCCCAACCCCCCCCCCGCUACCCCUGGUCCUGGCCGCCGUGGGCGCCGCCUCCAAGACCAUCAACCACCAGCAGCAGAUGAACCUUCUGGACCAGACCAAGACGCUGGCGGAGUCCGCCCUGCAAAUGCUCUACACGGCCAAGGAGGCCGGGGGCAACCCGAAGCAAGCAGCCCACACGCAGGAAGCCCUGGAGGAGGCCGUGCAGAUGAUGCAGGAGGCGGUGGAGGACCUCACGGCCACCCUGAACGAAGCCGCCAGCGCUGCAGGGGUGGUGGGGGGCAUGGUGGACUCCAUCACACAAGCCAUCAACCAGCUGGACGAAGGCCCAGUGGGAGAACCUGAGGGGACGUUUGUGGAUUACCAGACAACCAUGGUGAAGACAGCAAAGGCCAUCGCUGUGACCGUCCAGGAGAUGGUCACCAAGUCCACCACCAACCCCGAUGAACUGGGCACGCUGGCCAACCAGCUUACCAGUGACUAUGGCCAGCUGGCGCACCAAGCCAAGCCCGCUGCCCUCACUGCUGAGAACGAGGAGAUUGGCUCCCACAUCAAGAACCGGGUGCAGGAGCUGGGCCACGGCUGUGCGGCCCUGGUGACCAAGGCGGGGGCUCUCCAGUGCAGCCCCAGUGACGCCUACACCAAGAAGGAGCUGAUUGAGUGCGCCCGCAGAGUCUCGGAGAAGGUGUCUCACGUGCUGGCCGCGCUACAGGCUGGCAACCGUGGCACCCAAGCGUGCAUCACAGCCGCCAGUGCCGUGUCGGGCAUCAUCGCCGAUCUGGACACCACGAUUAUGUUUGCGACAGCCGGGACCCUGAACCGUGAAAAUGCAGAGACCUUUGCUGAUCACCGGGAGGGCAUCUUGAAGACGGCGAAGGCCCUGGUGGAGGACACCAAAGUCCUGGUGCAGAACGCCACAGCCAGCCAGGAGAAGCUGGCCCAAGCGGCCCAGUCCUCUGUGGCCACCAUCACACGGCUGGCAGAGGUGGUGAAGCUGGGGGCGUCCAGUCUGGGCUCCGAGGACCCUGAGACUCAGGUGGUCCUGAUCAAUGCCGUGAAGGACGUCGCCAAAGCGCUCGGGGACCUGAUCAGUGCUACUAAGGCCGCCGCUGGCAAAUCCGGAGAUGACCCAGCUGUGUACCAGCUGAAGCACUCUGCCAAGGAAGCCGCCUACCACCCUGAGGUGAACCCCGACGUCCGGCACCGAGCACUGCACUUUGGCAAGGAGUGUGCCACCGGCUACCUGGGGCUGCUGGAGCACGUGCUGGUGGUCCUCCAGAAGCCAAGCCAUGACCUGAAGCAGCAGCUGGCUGGGUACUCCAAGCGGGUGGCCGGCUCUGUGACGGAGCUUAUUCAGGCCGCGGAAGCCAUGAAAGGGACCGAGUGGGUUGACCCGGAGGAUCCCACGGUCAUCGCGGAGAACGAACUGCUGGGGGCCGCGGCUGCCAUUGAGGCCGCCGCCAAGAAGCUGGAGCAGUUGAAGCCGCGGGCCAAACCCAAGGUGGGCCUUCCUGGAUGGAUGGGUCGUCCCCGCCUGCCCGCCCAGUCCUCAUCUGCUUUUCUCCCUCGCUCUCCACGGCUGAGCCUGGGGGCCCGGAUGGUGGCUGCAGCCACCAACAACCUGUGUGAGGCGGCGAACGCGGCCGUCCAGGGCCACGCCAGCGAGGAGAAGCUCAUCUCUUCCGCCAAGCAAGUGGCCGCCUCCACGGCCCAGCUUCUGGUGGCCUGCAAGGUGAAGGCGGACCAGGACUCCGAGGCCAUGAAGCGCUUGCAGGCUGCUGGCAACGCCGUGAAGAGAGCGUCGGACAACCUCGUGAAGGCAGCCCAGAAAGCAGCCGCCUUCCAGGAUCACGAGAACGAGACUGUGGUGGUCAAGGAGAAGAUGGUGGGCGGAAUCGCGCAGAUCAUUGCCGCCCAGGAAGAGAUGCUGCGCAAAGAGCGGGAGCUGGAGGAGGCACGCAAGAAGCUGGCCAUGAUCCGGCAGCAGCAGUACAAGUUCCUGCCCUCGGAGCUGCGGGACGAAGGGCAGAACUGAGCUGGCGGGGGUCCCGCCCUCCGCCCACCUCCUCGCUCCCUAUUUAAUCGCAAGCCUUCUGAGCGUGUGCGGGCCGGGUCUUCUCCUGCCCCCACUGGGGGGGCACGGGCACGCUCCAAGACCCGCCUGCCACUGUACCAGCAACUCCUCUGCUCACCACCGCACAAGCCUCUGGGCCGUGUCCCGGGAUGCCUUUCUCAGGAGGGGGUGGGGAGUGUCAGCGCCGCCCCCCCCCCCCGACACACACA